CUCCCUGCCCUCUCGACCUCCAUCCUCAACUUACCCUCCCACAAACUAGGCACCCUACUCAUCAACCCCAGUGCGCUCGACAGCACAUGUCAGGCCUCGGCAUGUCUGGCCUCGGCAUCUCCUUCUCGCCCGAGCCGCCGGUGCACCAGAAGGCACCGCAGCCGCAGCGGCAGCGGCCCCGGGCGAACCCGUCCUACUCGUCGCUCUCCUCGGCCGCGAGCAGCAGCGGCAGCGAGCGCGGCGGCCUGCCGCGGCGCCCCGCCAGCAGCGUCGACCGGCGCGUGCGCAUCGCCAGCGGCCUGCCGGGCAUCCUCGGCGCCGACACGGAGAGCGACGUGAGCCCGCGCUCCGACGCCGACACGGCCAGCCUGCUCUCGCUCAGCACGCUCGACGGCCGCGAUGCGCACGGCCAGGGCCGCACGGAGCGCCUCGGCGCCGCCGUGGCGGCCAUGCAGGGCGGCCAGCAGCCGACGUCCUACUCGUCCAGCGGCAGCAGCAACGGGCGCGGCGGCGUGGCGCGCCGGGCACAGACGAUCCGCAAGCAGGCCAGCCAGCCGAUCCUGAGCCGCAGCAGCACGAUGCGCUUUCCCGUGCAGUCGGCCGUCGACGCGCCAUCGAUGAGCCGCAGCCAGUCGCAGGUGUCGCUCAGCUCGGCGUACAAGAGCAGCGGCGGCCAGUCGGCCGGCAGCGGCCUCGGCCGCACUAGCGAGAUCCCACGCAGCGUCUCGCGCACGCAGCGUGGGCCUCGCGUGCGUGCCCGCACCCUCGACGCCAACGAAGAGGCGCCGGCGCCGGCGACGACACGCCGCGUGCCCGACGGCUUCGGCGGCUACGUCGAGGUGCCUGAGACGGCCAGCACCGCAGACCAGGGCUCCGCCGACCCGCAGAGCUCGCGUGCCUUUGACGGCCCAGCUCUGCGUGCCACGGCGCCGGAGUUCCAUCCAUCACCAACGGAGAGCCAGGUCACAGGCAUCUCGAGCUACUCGGCGCCGUCUGCCACGCACAGCCAGCAGUCGCGGCCACGGCCCGUCUCUGCCCAGCCAGUGCUGCGCGUCGGCAGCUUCUACGGCGCCGAUGGCGUCGAGACGGCCUACCUCGACGCCGACGGGCGCCUGUCGCGCGCCGGCACGAGUGUGGCGUCUUCAGAAGCCAGCUCCAAGACCCGCCAGCGUAGCCAGAGCGGCGGCCUGCCGCGUGCGCACAUGAUGUCCGGCCCCGAUGCGGCACAGUCCAUCGGUCCGCACAACGCCGGCGCCCCGGCCGAGGCCGUCACUCGCGGUAUCGGCGGCAUGCGCAGCGUGCGUGGCUUCCGCGGCCUCGAGGGCGCUGAGCGCGGCGAGGCCAUGGUCAGCCUCGACUCGCUCGAGUCGCGCUUCCAGCUCGGCGAGGCAAUCAUUCCCGGCCGUGUGCGCACCGCCGAGGAAGAGAGCAUCAUCGGCUCCGACGAUCAGGGCCACUCGCGCCGCCAGAGCAUCUCGGGCACGACUACGGCCGGCACGGAGGUCGGCCCGGGCGACAGCAUCAGCAACGUGGGCACGGGCGUGCGUGCGCCGUCGCGCAUGCGCUCGGACAGCGCUGCGUCCAUGGGCCGCCCACGCAGUGCCAGCUCGGCGGCUGGAGUGUCUCUCGAGCGCUCGGGCACGCUGCUCUCGCAGGCUGGCAACCCGGCACGCCGUACGCGCGAGCUCAACCGCCUGCUCGACCCCGGAGCGACUCGCGCUGGCAAGGCGGCGUCCGUCGUUUCUUCCUCGUCGGCCUCGUCAGUCGGCACUUCGGCUGCCUCCGAGGCGUCGCUCGGCUCUUCGCGCGGCCUCUCGCGCUCGAAUGCCGUGGGCCCUGCCUCUGCGCCGCCGGCUGUGCUCGAGCACGGGCGCUCCGGCAAGGCGCGCGUCGAGGUCGACGUGGUGCUCGAGAGCGACCUGGUCGUCGAGGGCGGCAUGCUCCGUGGGCGUCUCGAGAUCAAGCUGCGCCGCACGUCGGACAAGAACGGCGGCCUGAUGCUGGCGCAGCCCAAGAUCCGCGUCGUCGGCUUCGAGGAGCUGCUCAACGACGACACGCGCCACAUCUUCUACCACCACGCCACCGUCAUCGACGGCGACCGCUCCAGCGGCGGCCCGUCUGAGGCCUACGUGCUCGCUGGCAGCCCGGACAUGUGCUCGCCCCAGGCUGAGGGCCGUGCGCCUCUGCCUUGCUUCGCGUCGCCGCCGGACUCCGAGGGCUACUCUCUCGGUGCCGAGGGCAACCACCUGAUUCCCUUCGCGCUCGAGCUGCCGAUCGGCAAGGGCGCAAAGGGCAGCUUCCGCGGCAAGCACGCAGUCGUUCGCUACAUCGUCAUUGGCUCGGUCAAGCUGAAGAGCGCCGACGGCUCCAACCGCUCGAUUGCGCACUUCUACCGCCAUGUCGAGCUCUUCCCAUACCUCAACCCGGCUGUGGUGCUGUCGACGGCGCCGAAGCCGAUCCAGGCGCGCGCCAGCAAGGGCCUCUUCCUCGGCGGUUCGGGCAAGGUGCACCUCAGUGCCAGCCUGCACCGCGGCACCUGGGUUGCUGGCCAGCGCGUGCAUGUCAACGUGGCGAUCAAGAACGACACGAGCAAGAAGGUCAAGAACAUCACCCUCGCGCUCGUGCGGACCGUCACGCUGUACCGGCCUCGCCCCGAGUUCGACAUGGGCACAGCCCAGUCAGACGAGGCAUCGGGCGCGUACAUCGACCCUGAUGCCUGCACGACGUCGACGAGCCGCAAGAAGAUCAGCGAGGAGACGCUCGAGCUCGGCCAGAAGGCCGGCGGCAAGGGCGUCGUCACUGCGCGCGGCUGGUGGACGGGCGUGGAGAGCAACUGCUCCGUCGACUUUUCGCACUACAUGCGCCUGCCCUCGGAUGCGCUGAGCGUGUCGCGCGGUCGCCACGUCGAGGUGAUGUACUCGAUCAAGGUCUCCGUCAGCAGCUCUCUGUCUGCAGACGUCUCCGUCGAGCUGCCGCUGCGCGUCGUCAACUUUGUCUCGCUCGACCCGCCGCCGCUCAAGCCGACUGCUGCUGGCGCUGCGCUCUCUGAGGCGCCGUCGAUGGCGCGCACCUGGAGCCAGGCCUCAUCUGCGACGCAGUCCGAGGUGCCGAUGAUCGAGCGUGUGCGCUCGAUGGAAGCACUGCGCAGUCCGGGCAAGAUCGAGCACGCCACGGGUGCUGCCCGCUCGCGGCUGCCUCUGCCGCCGCUCGGCGAGCAGCAGCACCAGCAGCAGUACUUGCAGCCAGAUGCCAACCCUGCUCGCCGGCUGCAGCACCAAAAGUCGCUCGACUUCAUCAACCACGCCAUCCGCAGCGCUACCGCUCGUCGCGGCGGCCUCUCGUCCGGCGAGCCGAGCCCGAUGGGCCUCGGCAUCGAUGUGCCCGAGGGCUCCGAGUCAAAUGCGUCGUCCUCGCCGUAUGGUGACCUCACGCCUCAGGCUGCCUCGUCGUCGUCGGGCAGCAGCAUCUCGCGCGGUGUGGGUCCUGUGCACCCGUCGUGCAUGCCCUACGAGCACCACGAGAGCUACGCGAACAUCCCAGGCGUGGGUACGGUGCCGUAUGUGCAGGUCCGCUCGGUGGCCCUCGACGACGCCGACGACAACUCUGACGACGGCGACGCGGGCGACCGCACGCUGGGCCUCAACGACGACAGUGUGGACGAAGUCGACUUUGUCAUUGGCUCGGCGCGUCUCAGCGAGGGCUCGCCCGAGUUCGACUCGGUGCCGCAGCACCACUCUGCCCUGUUCGCCACCAACAUGGACGAGGGCGACCUGUCCUUCGACUCUGAUGCCACGGCUCGCGAGGACGACAGCAUCCGCGAGGAUGCCGUGCGUGAGGAGGAUGAGUACGACGAGGAAGAGGAGCGCCUCAAGGCACGCGAGGCCAUUGAGCAGCAGCGACGCGAGAGACAGGCUUCGCAGCAGCUCCAGCUCCAGAAGGAGCAGGAGGCGCUCGAGCAGGCGCAGAUGGAGCAGGCUGCAGCAGAGGCAUCGCAGCGCGCCGCUCCGUCCAGCGAGCAGGACGAGUACGCCGAGUACGAGUCCGCUGCGCGCCUGGAGGACUCGCAGUCCACGACGCGCUCGGAGCGUGCUCUUCCGGAGAUCGAGGAGAGUGCAGAGGAUGCGGCGACGCCAAUCGCCCGCUCGCCCGCCAAGAUGGCGAUGGCACCCACGGCUUCCGCCUCGUCUCCGGCUGUGUCACUGCGUGCAGCUGUGGCGGUCCAGCCCACCACGUCGUCGCCAGCCGUCCGCGUUCGCGUCAACUCGACUCAGGGUGCCACUCGGCCUUCGCUUCCGCGGCCGCCGUCGCCGUCCAAGGCGGCAGCAUCGCCGCCGAAGUCGGCUCUCAAGUCCAAGUCAAGCUUCACCUUUGCCACCAGCAGCGCGCCCCUCAAGGCGAAGCCAAGCGUGGUACCGCAGCCGGCAGCCGCAGCAAGCACAGCGCCCAUUGCAUUGCGUGCAAAGGUGUCCGCGUCUCAAGUCGUCGCUCCCCCUACCGCUCGCGGUCAGCAGCAGCCACAGCAGGCUGCAAAGCCGAAGCCUAGCGCGGCUCCCAUCGACAAGCCUCAGCCCGAGAAGCCGCAGCCCGAGAAGCCAAAGAGCAAGAGCCGCUCGCGCGGCGGCCGCAACCGUCGCUCGCCGCGCCAGGGCAGCAACGGCUCCAAGUCGCCAACUGGCUCGAGCUCCGACGCUUCGUCGCCGGCAUCGAGUGCGUCCGAGCUGCGCACGCCGGAGAGCGCCUGUGCAGAGCUGCCUGGCGUCGUGGUCGCCGACACCGACGCGCCGAUGACCGGACUCGGCUUGUCGCUCGGCGACGAGCCGCAGGUCAUCACUGCGAAGCUCACUCAGCGCAGCGGGCCCGAGACGCCGCGCAAGUCAGGCAUUGCCGAGAGCGGCGACCGCACUGCACGCAACACGCCCGGCGACGCCGAACGCCUGCAGCGCUCGGGCAGCACCAUGACGUUGCGUGGCAGCGCCGUCGUCGUGCCCUCCGUGCGUGCGAAGAUCAAGGCGCUCGAGCAGCAGCGCGCUGCCAUCCGCGACUUCCGUGGCGAGUCUUGCAGUCCGGGUGGCAUGGGCACGCCUCCCCGCCUGGGCGGCACUCCCGGCCGCACGCCGACGAGCGGCAGCCGUGUCGCGAGCGCCUCGGCCGUACUGGCACGUCGCGAUGAGAUCAGCGCCUCGCCGUCGUCCAAGGGCCUGCACCGCAAGCCGAGCACGCUCAGCAUCUCCUCCGACGCCGAGACGAGUGUCUCGACAAACACCGACUACUCGCUGCGCCGCCCGCCGAGCGUGAUGUCGUUCCGCGCGCCGAUGCUCAAGCAAUGAGCUGCACAUUCCGGCCGCUUCCUCUCUCUCUCUCUCUGACCUUGCCCGGCUUGUGCAUCUUUCCCGUCCAACAAGGCGCCCACCUCUGCUGGCUGCGGCCUUACCCCACUCGUUCAUCCGCCGUGUUCUAUCUCUCUACUCCAUCACCACUGUCUCUGUGUCUCCCUGCGCGGAUCGCCCUGCCGUC